AUGCGCAGAGUGGAUUCCUUACGUGCUGCCUGGUGGACAGGAAAGACACGGCCUAUGGAGUAUCGGGUGAAACAGCUGGAGGGCCUGUGUCACUUUCUGGAGGAAAGGCAUGACGAAAUCCAGCAUGCCCUGUGUACAGACCUACGGAGGUUCACGAAGCUGGACUGUGCCUUCAUUCGCAAGGAGCCAUUUGGUGUGGUGGUGAUCAUUGGAAACUUUAACUACCCUCUCUACGUUACUCUGAUACCCCUCGUGGGGGCCAUUGCAGCUGGGAACUGUGUGAUUCUCAAACCUUCAGAGCUGAGCAGCUGCACUGAACGGCUCCUGGCAGAAGCCCUUCCUUGUUAUCUUGAUCCGGAAACCUUUGCCGUGGUGACAGCUGGUCCUGAAGAAACAGGAAAAUUACUGGAAAAUAAGUUUGAUUAUAUCUUCUAUACAG